AUGAGCUUUUUCAACACGAACAGCUCUUCUGGAGCACCAAACCAAGGAGCAAACAUAUUCGGGGGGUCGAACCAACCAUCAGGCGCCCCGAGUACUGGAAAUCUCUUUGGCGCAGCGAAACCAGCAACGGGAACUGGGCUAUUUGGAAAUUCUGGGACAUCAAAUCUCUUCGGGAACGCGAACACUUCGACAGCUCCCAAUGCUGGUGGAGGUUUAUUUGGAAACUCUGCAUCAAAUACAGGUGCUGCUUCAAACGCGUCGAAUACGCAGUCUUUGUUCUCUGGAUUCGGAAACAACACAAACCAGCCGUCUGCACCAACGUUUGGUACACCUGCCGCAUCGUCGAAUACCGCGACGAAUCCUGCACCGACGCUUGGACAAGGUCUCUUCAACCUACCGAAGGCGCCUGAAUCAAACACUCCAACAGCUCCCAAAGCUGGUAUACCUAAUUUCUUCGCACAACCAGCCAAUACUAGCAAUUCAACUGCAGCCGCUACAGCUCCGAGUGCCCCUGCCGCACCAUCGGGAGGUCUAUUUGGGUUCAAUAAACCGGCCAACCCACCAUCCAAUCCGCAAUCCACGACUAGCAAUACACAACCCCCAGCCGGCGGCCUGUUUGGAAACGGGCUUUUUGGUAAACCAGCGGCUCCAGCAGCAGCCACGACUACUCCAAAAGAUGCCCCUCAGACUACAAGUACCCCAGCCGCCGCUCCUUCAGGUGGUUUGUUCGGUAGUUUAGGGUCCAACUCAACUGCAGAAAAAAAAGAUGCCGCUCCAGCUCCUAGUCAGCCAGCGUUCAACUUGUUCGGCAAACCAGCAGAGAAAAAGGACGCUCCAACAACGCCCGUAGCUAACACAUCCACGCCCCCUGGAACAGACAAACCAAAGGAUGCCGCUGCUCCGUCGACUUCUGCCCCUGGUGCUAGCGCAGCAGCAUCGAGCAGCACAAACACUGCAAUUGCUGUCCCACCUCCAUCCAUGCUCAGAGGCAAGACGAUCGAAGAAAUCGUCAAUCGCUGGUCCAACGAGCUCGAGACGCACGUCCGUGAUUUCAACCGAUUUGCAGGCGAGAUCGCCGUCUGGGAUCGUGCCCUGAUUGAAAAUGGGAAAAGCUUGGCUGCUUUGUUCAGCCAUGUUACGGCUGUGGAGAGGGAGCAGAAUGAGAUCGAUCAAUCGCUGGAUCAUAUAGAACAGCAGCAAAAGGAUCUUUCUUCAACGCUCGAUUCCUAUGAAAAGGCAAUGCAGGAUAUCCUCGGCGGGCAAGGCAGUUUGAGAGCCUUGGAUACAGGCCCUGCUGACACCGAGCGAGACAAAAACUAUAUGCUAGCAGCCGAUUUGCAUACGCAACUAGACGACCUCUCGGGCUCGCUCACGCAGAUGAUCGAAUCUGUCAACGGGCUGUCGUUAUCCAAUGGUUCCAAGGAUGGAACCAGCGCCGAGGAUCCUAUGACACAAAUCGCCCAGAUACUAAGCAGCCAUCUAGAAAGUUUGCAGUGGAUCGAUGGUUCUGUGAAGGAGGUUGAGGGUAAAGUGACGGAGGUAGAAAACAGAGUCAAGAGCUCCGGACUCAACCUCACCGGUAACAACUCAGGUGGCACCAGAUCAAGAGGGUUCGGGUUACGAUGA